AUGACCCUUCUGAGUUAUCUACACAGUAAUCCCUCAAAGUCGUCAUCUUUUCAAAGAUUUUUCUCGCCUUUUAGAAUUGCUCACAAGCUGUUCGAUGGAAGUUCCCAAAGACAUUCGACAACCUCCAUUAACCAUUCAAUCAGUGAAUCCUUACGUAGAAACUCUCCGGCACAAGCCCUUGCGAUCUUCACGGGAAAUCUCCAGCUGGGUUUUAGUGGUCGUAAUAUGAACGAGGUCACUCUUUGUCUCGCGCUUAAAGCAUGCCGUGGAGACCCGCAACGCGGUUGCCAAAUCCACGGGUUUUCGAUUACGUCGGGGUUUACUUCCUUCGUCUGUGUUUCGAACGCUGUAAUGGGUAUGUACCGUAAUGCUGGUCGAUUCGAGAAUGCUUUGUGCAUAUUUGAGAAUCUGGUUGACCCUGAUGUUGUUUCUUGGAACACUAUACUCUCUGGAUGUGAUGACAAUCAAGUUGCUCUGAAUUUUGUUGUUAGGAUGAAAUCCGCGGGAGUGGUUUUCGACGCAUUCACUUAUUCCACUGCUCUUUCCUUCUGUGUGGGCUCUGAAGGGUUUCGUUUAGGAUUGCAGUUGCAGUCUACUGUGGUGAAAUCCGGGUUGGAGUCUGAUGUUGUCGUUGGAAAUUCGUUUAUAACAAUGUAUUCGCGUGAUGGAAGUUUCAGAGAUGCAAAGAGAGUUUUUGAUGAAAAGCCGGUUAAAGAUAUGAUUUCAUGGAACUCUUUACUGUCAGGUCUUUCUCAAGGAGGCAAUCUCGGGUUUGAAGCAGUGGUUGUCUUUAGGGAGAUGAUGCGAGAAGGCGUGGAGCUUGAUCACGUGUCUUUUACUAGCGUGAUUUCAACUUGUUGUCACGAAAACGACCUGAAGCUGGCCAGGCAGAUCCAUGGUUUGUGCAUAAAAAGAGGUUAUGAAACACUUGUUUCUGUUGGUAAUAUGUUGAUGUCAAGUUACUGGAAGUGUGGGGUUAUAGAAGAUGCGAAAGCAGUGUUUUGCCAAAUGAGCGAGCGGAAUGUUAUCUCCUGGACAACAAUGAUUUCCGCGAAUAAAGAUGAUGCUGUGUCCAUCUUUCAUAAGAUGCGGCUAGAUGGAGUCUACCCAAACGAGGUCACAUUUGUUGGGUUAAUCAACGCUGUUAAGUGCAAUGAGCAAAUCAAAGAAGGGCUUAAAAUUCACGGGAUAUGCAUCAAGACUGGUUUUGUUACGAAACUGUCUAUUGGCAACAGUUUCAUCACCAUGUAUGCCAAGUUUGAGGCUAUGGAAGAUGCCAAGAAGGCUUUCGAUGAGAUAAAUGUCCGGGAGAUUAUUUCCUGGAAUGCUAUGAUCUCUGGAUUUGCUCAAAACGGAUUCUCGCACGAAGCUCUCAAGAUGUUCUUAUCAGCUGUGGCAGAAGCAAUUCCAAAUGAAUACACUUUUGGAAGUGUCUUAAACGCAAUAGCUUCUGCAGAGGAUAUAUCUCUAAAGCAUGGACCAUGGUAA